AUGCGUCCCACUCAGAUUUUCACUCUUAUAUCUACUGUUGGUGUUUGCCUCAGUCCGGGCGUCAACGCCACAAUGGGAUUUUCCUGUCUCAAAGCCUUUCAGAGCCUAAACCCACGUCGUUUCAUCGAAAGCAUCCACCAAAACUCGUGUGACGCAGGCUGUCAGCCUCGGCCAGCCCACUGGGAUCAACAUGGGCGAGAAUUAAUGCGCGGCUUGAUCGAAGAUGGAUCUGCCCACAUCCAGAUAGACGAAGGGCAGGACGCCAUCGCCGAGUAUAUGGACAGGCUGUUCGAGGGCCUGCGCACCAAAUGCGAGGGGAAACUGGACGGUGCCCACAUGUGUCAGGACUCAGAGCAAGUUCGCGAAACCAUGAAAUGCUUCGACGAAAACACCAGAUUCACCGCUUUCCGCGCCGCGCCUGGCCUUCUUCCUUAUCUUUCCGAAGACCGAUGCAAGCGAAUCGACGAUUAUUUAAAUAGCCCUCAGUUGUGGGACAACGAUUUGCCAGCGCGAGCGCAAACUUACGCAAAUCGAUGCCAUGAGCUCUAG